CGGAGCUCAAGGAAACGUUAGUAAAAAACGGGAUUUGCAUCAAACUACAAACACUCGCAAUUGUAACAGUGGGGAAUUACGCAAAAAUUCGGUAUCAGUUGAAUCUUUGGCCAGCCAUAAUAAGUCUCUAUCCCUCCGAAGCGAUUCAACAACCUUUCAUGGAGACGUUACAAAAGAUCUCACAAAGAAGGAAACCACAAGAGCGGAUCAGGAUAGAGUACAACAACCCAGGCUUGACCAACAGCGUCAGGGGUACAUCUCGUGCGUCCAUUGCGAGAAACGUUUUCUAACUGAGCAGAAGUUGAACUCUCACGUGGAAACAUGCGACAAAAAGAUAUCUCAG